AUGAGCUACUAUGGCAGCUACUACGGAGGCCUCGGCUACGGCUGGGGUGGCCUUGGCUAUGGCUAUGGCUCCGGCUGGGGCUGGGGCGGCCUUGGUGGCCUGGGCUGUGGCUGUGGCUACAGAAGGUAUGGCUGUGGCUGCUGGCGCCCGUGCUGCUGUGGGGGAUACGGAUACUCUGGCUUCUACUGA